AUACUAUUCAGGUUCUGGGGAGCUGGACACGGAAUCUUGGGCCAUUUUUAGGACUGUCACUUAAUGCCCACAAUCAUAGAGAAUUGGGCCCAGGGCAGAGUAAAGCAGCUUUGGAACCUAUACACCUGUGUGGGUUAUACUGGCAGCAGCUGUCUGUUAAGGUGAAGGACACAGAUGAACCUCUGGCCUCACAGCGGAGGUGGGCACAGCAAGGAGUCUGUGAAGCCAGAGAGGAAUGAGCAGGAGAGGUGGAUGGAGGAGAAACAAUGACCUGGGUAGGCCAUCCCGAGGGAGUUGCUUUCUGUACAAGGACAACGAGGCCAUGAGACCCAGAUUUUAAUGAGGUACCUCAGGGCAAGGGUGCUGCUGGGGACAGUGUUUUCCCUCCUGGCAUGUCCCCUCCCUUCAGCACAUCUACAAUACAGCUGUUCAGCAGCUGCCUGACGCGAGACACAGGCACUGUGACCUUGUCCCUAUACUGGCUCGACGCUGGAUUCCGCCCCUGCUGCACAAAAAAUAGGGUCCGCUGAGGUUCCGUGCUGCCCCCGCUUUAGUCCCCAUGAGCAGGGCAUAAGACCCAGUCAACCCACCCGUGCAACCUCACCGUCUAACGGGGCUGGUUCUUGGUUGUCUUGGACAGCCACCCCAUCUCAAGGCCCUGGCACCCAGGCCGUUCCUCUGCCCAGGGAGCUCUUCCCAGAUUUUGUUCCCUAAAGUUUUGUUCCCUUACGGUUUGGGGAGUCUGGCUGCUCCACACGCUCCUGGCAGAGGUACCACUCAUCUCAUCCCCGCACUCCCUUUCUUUUCUGAGUCGCGGCCCAGAGUGUGGCAUGCAGAAAGCAUCCGGUGAACAUUGACUUGUUCCCUACUCGCCCAGGGGCAAGUGGACCUGGUGUGCAGGGCACCUUCACCUUCUACCCGGGACCCAGGCUCUGGGCCAAAUGGGCGUGGCGUCAGCGCCCAAAUCCCACUCGCAGCCUCCACGGCCCACGAGAGGCUGGAGAUUGACACCAGAGACGAGUCCUACUGCUGCUGCCAUGGGUACAGAGCCGGGGUGCACUGGGCUUCAAGCCUGCCUGGACCUGCCCGAAACUUGGGGCAGACCACUCACCCACCCUCGCUCCGACCCCGCAGCACACGUGCAGGGGCGUGGCUCGCAGAUUGAUGGCUCCGCCCCCAUCCCGUUUCUGAGGCGACGUUGCCCGGUUGCCCCAGCUCCCGCGACGUCGGUUCCGACUCGGAGGAGGGCCGGAAGUGCGUCCUGGCGGCGGCGGCUGAUCUCCAUGGAAACGCCGGAAACGUGCUGUGACCUAGCGUCUCCACGCGCCGCAGCGGCUGCGGACUUUGGUUCCGCCGGCGUUGCGGCCCGGAAGUGCGGCCUUGGAGGUGCUGAGCUUGAGGCGGCCACCGCCCGGCCUGGUGCCUGAGGAGGAGCCGGAGAUGGCGGCGGCGGAGGCAGUGCACCACAUUCACCUGCAGAACUUCUCCCGCUCUCUGCUUGAGACCCUCAACGGGCAGCGGCUGGGUGGGCACUUCUGUGACGUGACUGUGCGCAUCCGCGAGGCUUCACUGCGCGCACACCGCUGCGUGUUGGCCGCCGGCUCGCCCUUCUUCCAGGACAAGUUGCUGCUCGGCCACUCGGAGAUCCGCGUGCCCCCCGUGGUGCCCGCGCAAACGGUGCGCCAGCUGGUCGAGUUCCUCUACAGCGGCUCGCUGGUGGUGGCGCAGGGCGAAGCGCUGCAGGUGCUCACAGCCGCGUCCGUGCUGCGCAUCCAGACGGUCAUAGACGAGUGCACACAGAUCAUCGCCCGCGCGCGCGCGCCUGCCCCGGGCACCCCCGCGCCCGCGCCCCUGCCCACGCCCGUGCCCCCGCCGCUCGCGCCCGCGCAGCUGCGCCACCGCCUGCGCCACUUGCUGGCCGCGCGCCCCCCGAGCCACCCCGGUGCGGCGCACAGCCGCAAGCAGCGCCAGCCCGCGCGCCUGCAGCUGCCGGCGCCCCCCGCGCCGGCCAAGGCGGAGGGGUCGGAUGCCGACCCGGCCCUGACCGCGGCCCCAGACGACGGCGGUGACGACGACGACGACGAGACCGACGACGAGACCGACGGCGAGGAUGGAGAAGGCGGCGGCCCGGGCGAGGGCCAGGCGCCCCCUUCUUUCCCCGACUGCGCCGCCGGCUUCCUCCCCGCGGCCGCCGAUAGCGCGCGCGAGGAGCCGCCUGCGCCCGCCGGCCUCUCUGAUUACGGCGGCGCCGGGAGGGACUUCCUCCGGGGGACCUCGGCCGCAGAGGACGUGUUCCCCGACAGCUACGUCUCCGCUUGGCAAGACGGAGAUCACUCUGCCCCCGAAGGCUGUCCCGCCGAGACCGCCGCCCCGCCCGACUGCGUCCUGCCCGGACCCCGCCCACCUGGCGUGAAGACCCCGGGGCCACCGGUCGCGCUCUUUCCCUUUCAUCUAGGCGCCCCGGGGCCGCCGGCGCAACCCCCUCCUGCUCCCUCCGGGCCCGCCCCUGCGCCCCCGCCCGCCUUCUACCCUGGGCUCCCGCCCGAUGCAGCGCCUAGCGCGCCUCUAGGGGAGGCCCCGGCCCCACCGGCCGCUCCCACAGCAGCCUCCUCGACCACUCCUGCGCGCGCCCCGGGGGCCGACCCGCCGGCCUACGAGUGCAGUCACUGCCACAAGACGUUCAGCUCUCGGAAAAACUACACCAAGCACAUGUUCAUCCACUCGGGGGAGAAGCCCCACCAGUGCGCCGUGUGCUGGCGCUCUUUCUCGCUGCGCGACUACCUGCUCAAGCACAUGGUCACGCACACGGGCGUGCGCGCCUUCCAGUGCGCCGUCUGCGCCAAGCGCUUCACGCAGAAGAGCUCGCUCAAUGUGCACAUGCGCACCCACCGGCCCGAGCGCGCGCCCUGCCCGGCCUGCGGCAAGGUCUUCUCGCACCGCGCGCUGCUGGAGCGCCACCUGGCCGCGCACCCUGCGCCCUGAGCCGGGCCUGGGGCCUGGCCACGCCCGUGGUGGCCGUGCUCUGGCUCCCUCCCGCCCCAGCCGGCUCCAAGGUCACUGCUGCAGCGUCGCCUUCGCCCAGUUCCCGCCUCCAGACGACGCUCUUUCCGGAGCAAAGGCCCUCCUCCCGUCUCCACCCUUUUCUCCAGCCGCUUUCGUCCCCUCCUCCCACAUACCCGGCCCUCCAGGUGGCGGCGGGCUGGGGAUGAGUGUGGCCCCGACCACCUCUGAGAACUGGAUCAUCUCCAUCCAGCCUGACCUGGGCUCACCCUUGGUGUGGGGCCCAGGACCCCCGGCUCCGUCUCCCGUUCACGCCCCUGCCCCCCCUUGAGUGGGGUGGGGUCUAGGGCCGCUCCUCUGCCCCCGUGUCAGGCUGCCCGAGGAGCCCCGGCCCCCACCCGAGCUACCCCUCCCUGCUCUGGCGUCUAGGGCGUCUAGACGCGCAUCAUGGACGGAGGCCUGGUCUUGGGAGGCCUGGUCUUGGGAGCCCUGCUUGGUAAUAAAGAACGGGGGGCCGUGGGGCCCAAACCCGGAAGCGUGA